UCCGCAGUACCGCAGCCGGAGAAUUCCUCGGUCGGUGGUUGAUCGAAGCGUUCUGCCAAGCGGAUCGUACAGAUCGAUUCGACCGUUCGACCAACAAUGAGCAACACCGGUGGGGUCAUCAAUUUCGGCGCUGGACCGGCCAAACUUCCUCAAGAGGUUUUAAAACAGGUCCAGGACGAAUUAUUGGCUUAUGGGAACACGAAGGUGAGCAUUCUCGAGUUGAGUCACCGAUCUCCUGAAUUUGCGAAAGUCGUCGAAGAUGCCCAAGCAACCGUGCGAGAUUUGUACAACAUUCCAAGCAACUACAAAGUCCUAUUCAUGCAAGGAGGAGGAACCGGAUGCUUUGCUUCAGUCCCCCUGAAUCUGAUGGCCAAAACUGGCUCAGCUGAUUACAUCGUGACCGGUUCGUGGUCGGCCAAAGCAGCGAAGGAAGCUGCUAAAUAUGGAAAAGUUAAUCUCGUGUUACCGAAACAGAGCAAAUACACUGAUAUACCAGAACCAUCCACUUGGAAUCUCAGCUCUGAUGCAUCCUAUGUUUAUUAUUGUGCCAACGAAACUGUUCAUGGUAUCGAAUUUGACUUCGUACCGGAAACGAACGGUGUUCCUUUGGUGGCUGACAUGUCUUCAAAUAUUCUUACUCGACCAGUUGACAUUUCCAAAUUCGCUGUGAUAUUUGCUGGAGCCCAGAAAAAUAUUGGUCCAGCUGGUGUGACUUUGGUGAUUAUUCGAGAUGAUAUGCUUGGCAACGCGAUGCCAGCCUGUCCAACUGUUCUCGAUUUUACUGUCAUGGCCAAUGACAAUUCUCUUCAUAACACACCACCGUCAUUUCAAAUAUACGUGGUCGGACUCGUUUUCAAAUGGAUCAAAGCCCACGGUGGGGUCGGUGGUAUGGAAAAACUCGCGAUCAAAAAAAGCAAAAAUAUCUAUGGGGUUAUGGACGAGUCCGAUGGAUUCUACACGUGUCCGGUUAGUCCACGUGCCCGGAGUCGCAUGAAUGUACCCUUCCGAAUUGGUGAGAACAAUGAGGAACUCGAAAAGAAAUUCCUUGCUGGGGCUGUAGCUCGUGGAAUGCUUCAGCUCAAAGGUCACAGGUCUGUGGGAGGAAUUCGAGCGUCUUUGUACAACGCCGUUACCGAAGAAGAUGCCGAAGCUCUGGCCUCUUAUAUGCGACAAUUCUACAAAGAAAACGCUAAACUAUAAAAGUUCGUUACCCCUUGAUCAACCAGAUUCCACAUGAAGUGGCCUAAUCUCAUCGAGAGCAAUUGUCUUAUCGGGAUCACGUUUUUCUGUUACAAUUUUUGGUGUCGUUAUAUUUUUUAUAAUAUAUUUUAAUUAAAAAAAUUGUUGAAAAGAUA